ACGAAAAGGGAAACACAAAAAACCUGACUCAGAAGGCCAGAGAUUCAGGGCCAAGGUUGAGCGCAUUCUUGGCUGUUGAGACAAUGACUCCCCAUGCUCUUGCUAGCAGCUUUCAUAAUUCUGAGAUGACUUUGUGGAUGCAUGUUUUCACUCUAUCACACUAAGAUAAAUCCAGCCACACUGCUGCUUGGCCUCAGGGCUCAGGUGAAAAAGAUUCCUUGUUUUGGACACUUCCCAUGGCAGACCCUGUGCUGGAUCAGAUGACCAGGCUGAAGCUGAGGCUACUGGAAAAGAGACUGGAGAAUGAGAGGGAGAAUCUUGAUGAAAGAGCAGGAACAGCACUCUCCAUGAGGAGUGCUGAUGGUCUUGAAGAUGCUUUGCACAAUGCAAUGAGAAGAAAGCGGGACCUGCUUCAGAAACUGAGGGACCAGCAGUUACUGGAUGAUAACGGACGGCCUCAUACUUGGGGUGGGAUGACGCACAGGCGAUACCGACAGGACCCUCGCCUCGCACCUCAGCCCAUCCACAUCUACCAGUCACCGCCUCUGCCCGCAACGCUACCUGCAGUGCUACCCCCACCGCCAGCACCACCACCGCCACCACCCCCACGCAUCAUUCAGCACAUGAUGCCACAACAGCCAGCAACAAUAAUCCAACAGCUCCCACAGCAACCUCUCAUUGCACAAAUCCCGCCUCCACAGCCUUUUCAACCAGUCAAAUCAGGGAGCAUCAAAGAGGACAUGGUUGAGCUGAUGCUCAUGCAGAAUGCUCAAAUGCACCAGAUCAUUAUGCACAAUAUGAUGCUGAAGGCCAUUCCCCCCAUGGCAUUUUCGCCUCCAGGGGGCGCCAGCCACCCUAACUCUGCUCUCCAUCCUGCUACUCCUCAUGGCCAGGGAAGUUACUUGGGAGCACCCAUCACUCUGCAUUCAAGCAAGCCCAAAGCAAGUUCUGUCCAUCAUCACCACCACUAUGGCUCUCCUGGACCACAGCUCCCUCCCAUUGGCUAUCCAGUGUGGCCUCCCAUGAUGUCAACAAUCUCUCCUGGGCCAGCAGGAGCCUAUCAUCCAACAGUACAGCAUUCACCUGGACACAUCACACUUCCACCACUAAAUCUGGUAGCUAUGGAUGGGUAUAACCAAAGGAUCCCACAGGGUCUUUGAGACAAAAAGAGCACUGAAGAUAUCAGGAGAAGACAGAUAAAUAACUUGACCUACACAGUUAUUUACUCAUUUCUGUAUCUGCCCUUACAGAAUGUACUGCAAUACAUUGAAAUAGGAUAUAUUAAUAAGACCAUAAAAUAUUGUAGCACUCUGUAUAUGUAAAUGAUUACAUAUUAUCGUUAUAUUUUCCUCCAAAAGAGCCACGUAUUUACAAUACACUAUAAUAGAUUCCUUAAGUGUGAAUAUGACUGGUCAUUGUUUACUGGUCUGUUGGGCCAUGAUCUGCUCUAGCUCCUGCUUGAAGGAACAAGUGAUUUUAAUUAUAUGAGGAGCACUGUCACUUUCAGCAGAAAAGCAAACAAACAAACAUGGUAGAUUUCUGACUUUUACUUGAAUAGAAGCAGGCAU